UUCCAAGGCCCGUUACUAUGUGACGCGACCGGCUUGCUACCACGAGAGUUUGUGUACAUUUCAGAUCGACGACUUUCCACUUUCUCCAAAUUAUACUGAAAAUAAAACACUUCUUUUAUUCGUGGAUUUCGGUGGCAUAUUGCAAGGAGAAGAACAAGAAGUACUGAAAUGUCUUAUAUUUAGGACAGGCGUCGAGUGAAAAGUGUGAAAAUGGUGGACGUUCAAUACGCUCCUGUCCAGGAGAAUUCAGAUGGUCUCUCGGAGACACAAAGAGACAGAUUUUCCUACCUCUCUGAACACAAGAACUCCAAGGCAAUAUGGCUGACAAGCUUUGGGCCAAAGCUAGAAUGGGGCAACCAGGAUACUAUGUGGCCGGUCAGCAGGGGUGCCAUGACGGCCACAGCCACCCCAAGAACAGAAGAGCUGUCUUCACCCAAGAAGAACUUUAGAAGUACUAAAGAUGGCAAAAAGAAUAUCCAUGUAUACAGCUGCGGCAGAAACUCGGUCAUAUGGGAAGUGAGCCCUCUAGCAAUGAAAACAUCUCCAACAGAAAGAUUAGAGACGCUAUCAAAUUAUAAAAGACCCCCGGCAGCUUUCAAAGAAGACAGACCCAGCCAUGCCUUCAGCUGCGGUAGAAAAUCCCCUAUCUGGUACGUGAGUGAAUCCGCCAAGAAGGCCAUUGAAAAGGAACGACUGGAGUAUCUUGCCAGACCGAAGACACCCCACAGAGAUUUUGUAGAGCCAAGAGGAAUUGAAACUGUAGUAAGUGCAGGAGCAAAAAACGCCCGAGCAUCUAGUCGGAUUGAGAUGCUAGCCAGACCCAAAAGUAGGCCUCCAGGACCGUUCAGGGAACCAAAAUGGCCGGUGUCGGAUGUAGCAAAAGGAGCAAAUGCAACUCCUCGCCAGCUGGAACUGGCCAAGCCCAAGAAUGUUGCCGACGGUUACCAAGCCGAUCGCCCCGUGCAGUGGUCCAUCACCAGGGCAGCACGGCGGGCCAACGCGACCGGCCGUACCAACGAACUCUCCACACCCAUCAUGCGAGCUACCAUGGACCAUGUGCAAUUCAAUCCUGAUGCUUUCAUCGUCAGCGAAGCGGCUAAGAAAGCGCGGUGUCCGCAGAGAAUCGAGGAACUUGCCCAGCCUCUUGUUCGGUAGAGGUCAACGCACUCUUUGAAAAAAUGGCAAUUUGACCUACUAACACUCCAUUCGGACUUGCAGCUAUGUUGUGGUGCAGGGGCGAAAAUCAAUAAGCGAUGGCACUGCAUCAACUUAUCCUCAGCAGGACUUUGCAAUUUGAACAUUUGCCAGGACAUGAUGGAAAACAAAAUACCGAUGAGUUGUCAUCGAUUUUCAGAUGGAACUCGGAAACCUAUUUCAAAUGAAUUGAACAAUAUUGAGGAAGGAGAGGUUCGACUUAUAUUGGAAAAAGAGGAUUGAUGAAAGAAAACUGAAUUUAGAAUUUUACCCCAUCCACUCACCCCC